UUUGCCAUGUCAACGCCACAGAAAACCAGAUGACAAAAACCUCAAACUUUUCCUGAAAAUUAUUUCCGCAUAUUUAUUAUUUCCCAAAAAAUUAUUUCUAAAAUCCCCAUUUUUUGUAGCCCCAUUUUGUCCAUAAAUCCCCCCUCAAACCACCAAAACUAAUAAAAUGUCUCGCCUGAAGGAGGCUGAAUCCUUUGAGAAGAACGAGUUUGAUGAGGACGAAGACGACGAGGUGAUUGGCGGACCAACGGUUCACACUUUGGACGGACAAGUUUUGGACGAGAAACCUGCACUCGCACCACCACCCCCACAAGAAAAUGAACAAGUUGAACAAUCCACAGAAGAAACUGCUCCCGUUUUCAAAAGGGUUGCGGAUGAAAACAUCAUUCUGGAUCCUGAACAACGACCGGAAUCUUUGGUCAAGAUUUUCAAGUACAUUGACGACAACGAGAACCGAUUCGUUCAGAAUUUGCGAGAAGCCGUUGGGAUUCAAUCGAUAUCUUCCUGGCCCACAGCACGGAUUGAAUGUUAUCGAAUGGUUCAAUUUGCAGCGGAUCGACUGAAAGAUUUAGGCUUUGAACUUGAAUUACGAAAAGUUGGAAGCAAACCACUCAAGGGCGCGGAUGAGGUGGCGCUCCCCCCUGUCAUCUUGGGAACACGGGGGAAUGAUCCCAAAAAGAAAACUGUUCUCAUUUAUGGCCACUUGGACGUUCAGCCGGCGGAGAGGAGCGACGGUUGGUACUGUGAACCAUUUUACUUGACGGAGGAAGGGAAUUGUCUGUAUGGAAGGGGAUCAUCAGAUGACAAAGGUCCAGUCAUGGGAUGGUUCCAUGCUAUCGAAGCAUAUGUCAAAAAUUCCAUUCGACUCCCCGUCAACUUGAAGAUCCUCUUGGAAUCGAUGGAAGAAUGCGGUUCGGAUGGACUCGACAAACUCUUGUUGCAACAAAAAGACGCAUUUCUAACCAAUGUUGACGUCGUUGUAAUGUCGGAUAAUUUUUGGCUGGGAAAAACUAAACCCUGUCUCACGUAUGGACUUCGUGGACUUUGCUACUUUUUCUGCGAGGUGGAAUGCGGAACGAAAGAUUUGCACAGCGGAGUUUAUGGGGGGACUGUCUACGAGGCAAUGCCCGAUUUGAUUUGGUUGAUGAGUCAAUUAUCCGCUGCGGAUGGGACAAUUUUGAUCCCUGGAAUUUUGGAUAAAGUUUGCCCAAUGUUACCCGAAGAAGAAGAACUGUACAAAAAUAUCGAUUUUGAUCUUGAAGAGUAUCAACAAGAUGCGGGAUUCCGAGCUUUAAGAUUUCCAGGGAAUAAGACCGCAACGCUAAUGAACCGAUGGCGAUUUCCUUCCCUUACAAUCCACGGAAUUCAAGGGGCAUUUGAUCGACCCGGUGCACGAGUUGUGAUUCCGCGUAAAGUCAUUGGGAAAUUUUCAAUUCGACUCGUACCAAAUCAAGACCCCGAAUCAAUUGAACAGUUGGUUAAAACUUUUAUCAAAGCGAAAUGGGAAGAAAGAGGAUCUCCAAAUAAAAUGCUGAUCUACAUGGCCGACGAGGGAUUGAAGCCAUGGUGUGCUAAUCCAUUUCACCCAUCGUUUAAAGCAGCACGACAAGCAAUUGGUUGGACGUAUUCUCAAAUCCCAGACAUGAUCCGAGAAGGAGGCAGCGUGGACAAAUUAAUGUCUUUUCAGGAAUCGACUGGGAAAAACAUUGUGCUUUUGCCAAUGGGCGCAAGCGACGAUCGUGCUCAUGCACCCAAUGAAAAAAUCAACAAAACUAAUUACAUCCAAGGGACAAAAGUAUUUGCUGCAUUUUUACAAGAAAUCGGAAAAUUGGAAAAGGCGGAUCUCUAAAUUUUAGCAAUUAUUUUUGAAAAUUUGUACCUCAAAAUUAGAACGUGUAAACUAUAAUUUAAAAUAAACACUAUAGAAAUACACAAUUUUCAAAGUUUUUAAUAGUCCACAUAGAAAAAUUUUAUA